UGAUAAACCACGUGAAUAGUAUUCUACUAUAAUUCUCUAUUUCUUAAAGUCUAACUCUCUUGUUGGUAGUUUCGUAAUUCGUAUUAAUUCAUUUAAAGUUAUAACUUAACGAUUAUAUCAGCGAUGAAAACCAAAAAAAGGGGAGGAAGAAGGUUGAAACGAGAUUGGAGAAGAAAAAUUGAUGUAACUGAUGUUGACACGUAUCUUGAGGGGAAACGUCUCGAAGAACGAAUAGGAGAUCCAUUCAGUGAAAAAAAAGAUGAAGAGCUGUUUCAUGUUGAUACAAGUGGAAAGAAACAAAAGCCUAAGAAAAAAUCCUUGAAUGCACCUUUGAAAUGUCUAUCGAGUUUACAAUCAACAUCUGCUAUUCCACCACUUGCUAAAAGAAGUGUAAAAAAAUACAAAAAAAAUAAUAAAAAGGAAGAUGAUUUUGACAAAAACAUUAAACCUCUCAGGAAAGCUAUAGUUAAGAAAAAAGAGGCAAAGGAAUUAAAUAAAAUGUUAAAAGAAAAAGUUAAAGCGUUGGAACUAAAAGAAAAUUCAACUAAAGAUCUUUUUGAUAAGGAUUUAUGGACAAGUUAUAGAGAACCAGGACAAAGAAAAGAUAAACUCAUCAAAAAUGUUAUUAAAUGGUUGCCAAAGGAAGUCUUACAACAUAAUGCUAAAAUUCUUCCAAAAUUAAGUGAUAAAAAAAUGUCUCAUCCGAGCCAAACCACAUGUAAAGCUGAAGAUAUGAAAUGUCCACACCCUGGUCUUUCAUACAAUCCGACUAUCGAAGAUCAUGUCUCAUUAUUGACCAAUAUUGCUGAUAAAGAAACAGAAUUGAUAAAGCAUGAAGCACAUAUGAAUAGAGUUACACGAAACUUAUUCAAACAAGUUUCUAAAGAUAAACAUGAACAAAUGAUAAUUGAAGAAUUAACUGAAGGUCUGCCUGGCUUUACGGAUGAUACAGUUAAAGAAGUCAAUGAAGACACUUCUGAGUUUAAAGCCAUUAACCCACCUACUACAAGAGAUAAUCAGAAGACCAUUAAAAAACGUAAGAUCCAGAGACGAUUACGUAAUGAAGAAAGACAACGUAUGAAUGCUAAAAUUGAAAAGAAGAAAGUUUCAGAUCUUUAUAGAUUACGUUAUAUAAGAGAAGAAUUGGAUGAAUUGGAGAACACAACUAAUAAAAAAAAACUUAAAAGAUUACAAAAGAGACAAUUAAAUAAUAUUAGCACCAGGCGUUUAGGAACCAAUAAGUUUACUGAGUCAUUAGAUGCUUUUACAUUACCAAAAGAUUUAAAAGGUACACUAAGAGAAACUGAACCACAAGGAAAUAUAUUCAAAGAUUGUUUUGAAAGUUUACAAAAGCGUAACAUAUUAUCUGUUGGGAAAAAACAACUUAAGAUUCAUAAGAAAAAAGUACAGGCUUUCAUGGAUCCUGCUUUUAAAGUAACUCCAGACAUGUUAGCAAAGUAUAGUGUAUAAUUUGAUGAUUAUUAGUGAAGAAAUAAUAACAUUUUUGGCUACAUAA